AUGGCUGAAGUCCUUGUUAGUGCUGUCAUGACUGUGCUGGUUGAUAAGCUAUUCUCUGGUGCCUUGAUGAAUUUUGCUCGAUCUCAAGGAAUCGAUUCUCAGCUGAAAAAAUGGAAGGCAACUUUGCCCAUGAUCCAAGCUGUGCUUGCUGAUGCAGCCCAGAAGCAAAUUACACAAAAACCUGUUGAAUUGUGGCUGCUGGAGCUCCAGGAAUUGGCUUAUGACAUUGAAGAUGUACUCGAUGAUAUGGCCACUGAAGUUAUGAAGCGAAACUUGCAAGAAUGUAAAGCAAGCACACGCAGUAGUAGUAAGUUAUUGAUGAUCAUCCCAUCUUGUUGUACUAAUUUCACUCCAGAUAACAUGAUGUAUCGUCGUAAGAUUAGUUAUAAGUUAGAUGAGAUUACCACUAGAUUGCAUGAUCUUGUUGACCAGAAAAAUAAUUUAGGUUUGGAUGUGAAAGUGGAAGUUCACAGAUCAAAUAAAACAGAUGUAAGAUCCCAGCAAACUUCAUCUGUUAAUGAGUCCAAAGUUUUGGGCCGGCAAGAAGAUAAAGAGGCAUUGAUUGGGCAAUUGUUGGGGAAUGAAGCAUCAUGCAGUAAUAAUCGAAAUGUGAUCAGCGUUGUGUCAAUAGUUGGUAUGGGUGGACUUGGAAAAACAACUCUCGCCCAACUUUUGUACAACGAUCAGAGAGUGAAGGAUCGCUUUGAACUCAUGGCAUGGGUUUGUGUUUCCCAUGACUUUGAUGUGUUCAGUAUUAGCAAGCAAAUUAAUCAAGCUGUAGGAGGGGAAAACAAAGAAUUUGCUAAUCUGGAUCUGCUUCAUGUUGCCCUUAAAGAAAAGCUUUCAAAGAAAAGGUUCCUGGUUGUUUUAGAUGAUGUUUGGAACGAAGGACCCAAGAAAUGGGAUCUUUUAACAAGUGCUUUUAAUGUAGGGGCACAUGGAAGUAAAUUUCUUGUCACCACGCGGAAGAAGAAGGUUGCAUUAGCGAUGGACUCUUUGCAACCUUAUAUGCUAGAGGUUUUAUCAGAUGAGAUAGCUCUAUCUUUAUUUGCUCAAUCCGCAUUAGAUGAACAAAACUUUGACCAUAAUCCAUCACGUAAACUCAUUGCUCAAGGUAUUAUUAAGAAAUGUAAGGGUUUGCCCUUGGCUUUGGUAACCCUCGGGAAGGUCUUGAAAAGAAAAGGAAGCGAUGAUGAAUGGGAGCAAUUUUUGAACAGCGAGAUAUGGAAUUUAGAGGAUGAAAGUGGCAUUCUUCCGGCUCUCAAGUUAAGCUACUAUGACCUCCCUUCACAUCUAAAGCAAUUGUUUGCAUAUUGCUCCUUAUUUCCGAAAGACUAUGAGUUUAAAAAGAAGAAACUAGUCCUAUUAUGGAUGGCACAGGGGUUUCUAUCCAAAACUAAGGGCAAAAACCAACCAAUAGAGAGUUUGGGUGGUAUGUAUUUUGAAGAGCUACUGUCAAGGUCCUUUUUUCAGCCUUUAGGGAAUAAUGAAUCACGAUAUAUAAUGCAUGACUUGAUGAAUGACUUAGCUACAAGUGUUGCAGGAGCAUUUUUCUUUAGGUUGGAUGAGAAAAUGGAUCUAAAAGAUGACAACCAAACUUAUGGAAAGUUCCGCCACUUUUCAUUCGUAGGUCAACAACGAGUUGCAGAAUAUAAAAACUUCAAGGAAUUACACAAAGCUAGAUGCUUGCGAACGUUCUUACCUAUGUCAGUUGGUUGGAGAAGAUUUAAUACAUUGGACAAUGUUACUUUAAAGUUACUUCCCCAAUUACACCUCUUGAGGGUGCUAAGCUUAACUAAUUGGUCAAUCACAGAGGUACCACAAUCCAUUGGUAAUCUCAAGCAUUUAAGGUACCUUAAUUUUUCAGAAACUAGCAUCAGACAAAUACCUGAAGAGGUUAGUGAACUUUAUAAUCUACAAAGUUUGUUGGUUCGUGGGUGUGAUGAGUUAUCUAGGUUGCCAGUUAGUUUUGCCAAUUUGAUAAACUUACGACAUCUUGACAUGACGACUACUCUGUCAUUAAAGAAGUUGCCUUUGGGGAUUGGUGGGCUCACGAGUUUGCAAACAUUAUCCAAGGUUGUUAUCCAAGAUAAUAAUGGGUUUAAGAUAUCUGAUCUCAAGGGCCUAAAGGAUCUUCAAGGUGAACUUUCCAUCGAGGGGUUGGAGAAAGUGAUGGAUCCAACUGAAGCAAAGGAUGCCAAUUUAGAGGAGAAGAAGGGCCUUGAUGAUUUGGAAUUGGUAUGGGGUGAUGCUACAACUAGUGAAGAUGAUGUAAUUGAAAAGCUAAGGCCUCACUCUAAGUUGAAAACACUGAGUAUUAAUGGGUACGGGGGGAUGAAAUUUCCUAGUUGGCUUGAGGAUCCUUCAUUUGAUCAGCUAACAGAGCUUGUGUUAAAUGAAUGCAAUAAUUGUACAAAAUUAGCGACACUUGGGCAUCUAACGUCACUUCAGAAGUUGGAAAUAUAUAACUGCCCAAACUUGGUAUCAAUUAACGGAGAGAAAGAGGUGGUUAGUGUGGGUAGUUGCAUGAUGAGAUCUCUUAGACAAGUGAUACUUAGUGAUUGUGAUUCACUAGAGAGUUACUGUUAUCCAAAUUGUGUUGAGAGUUUGUAUAUAAGAAAUUGUUCAUCAAUGAGAUCAUUGAAAUUCUCUAAGUUGCAGGAAAACCUCCCGUCGUCAUCAUCAUCCUCUAAUUUGAAGUUUCUUUGUAUCAAUAGUUGCAAUAAGUUACUGUCAAUAUCUCAAGAGCAUUUUCCAAGUCUCACAUCUUUGGAAAUUAUGAUUCUAGUUGAUUGUCCAAGUAUGGAUGAUUCAUUCCCAUCAUAUGGAUUGUGGCCUCCUAAGUUAAAGAGAUUAAGAAUAGGCGAAUUAAAGAAGUCAAUGUCAGAGUGGGGGCUUCAAAAAUACCCACCUUCACUUGUUGAACUAUGCUUAUAUGGAAAUAAUUCAGGAGUGGUUUCAUUUGGAAUCAUGGAUGAAGAAGAUCAUAAUAAUACGACUAGUUCAGCAUGUUUUCUUCUUCCACUAUCUCUAACUUCUCUAAGAAUCGUUGGUUUUAAGGAAGUUGAAUCAGUUUCAGAGGUCUUACAACACCUCCCUCACCUUCAACGUCUUUUUGUCGAGUCAUGCCCGAAGCUUAGAGAUGUGCCAGAGACAACUUCAUCUUUGGAAGUAAAUGUGUGCGAGUAGAUUCGGAAGGCCUUGGAGGUGUAUUAGGAUAUUCCUCAUCAUUAACA